AUGCGCACUGCGCGCCCCGCUGCUUUCCUUUCCAGCAGCUGCUCGGAGGAGCCGGAAUUCCAACAUGGCAGUAUCGGUGGUGGUCAGUCUCACCCGCAGCAACUUGGAGCGGCUCCAGAACACCAGCGACUGAGACCGGGGCUGGACGGAGCGGAAGUCUCGCGCGCUUCACCGCCGGUCGCCAAAAAGCGCAUGACGGCUCCGGUGUGUCCGGGCACAAACAGCGACAUGAUGAGCAGUGUAUAUGGCGUGACAAUGCAGUGGGCCUCUGAGCAGCCGCAGUGGGCGGAGCAGCACUAUGACAUCACAUCCACCACUCGUUCACCAGCCCGCAAGUUCGAACCUUUCCGCAGUCAAAGGUUAACCAGUUCGUCUUCAGGUGCAUCCUACCACCAUUCCUGGGCUAACGAUGACAUCUCAGCGCUGACUGCCUCCAACCUGCUAAAAAGAUAUGCAGAACGUUACUCCACCAUUUUAGACCUCCCCUGCGAUAAUGGACUCAUCGGCUACCCGGACCCUACCAUUUCUGCCAGUGUAAAUGCACCCAGCGUAGUUAACAGAGCUCCAACCUUGCUUACAGGGAGAAAACUCGAGGCAGAGCCUUGGCUCGAGAGCGUAUACCCUCCACUGGGCUGCGUCCCAGAACUAGUCCCCAAAGCACCCUUGACUGUAUCGGACAUGCCUGCGAGUGUGGGAAGCUCCCCUGGUGUUGGAGCUGGUAGCUUGCCAGAGCCCAGUUUCUCCAGCAGUAACUGUGCUAGCCAAACUAGUGCCCAGGAGUACAGCAGCACCCUUUAUAGUUCCCCUUACUUGCACUCUGUGGGCUCCUAUAAUGCGCCACUUCUCCACCCAGUUGCCUCCCAUCCCAACUUGGUGCCAACUUAUGGUGCUAACGCCUCACCCAGCCUUCCAACCUAUGGCUACCCAAGCACCGGAUACCCCUAUAGUCCUCCGUCCCCAUCUGCCGCCUGCCUUUCUACCAGCAUUGCACCAGCUACACCUCUGCCAGCAUCCAGCAUGAGUGGCUACUCUUACCCAACACCCAGUUUGGCACCACUGCCUGCAAGCGUUGCAGAUAAUGGUUCCCCAAGUUCGGACAGCCUCGGCAAGCCCUAUUAUUCAGCUGGACAAGGUGACAUAAGGGCAUUUGAGGAGUUUGGCUUCGGGGGUACUUCAAAUUCAGACAGUCAGACAACAAGCAGUCCACUGUACCGGCCACCGCGGGGAAACGAGGGGCAUAAGGGAAACGGAUACGAGCAGUCGAGCGAUGCACCGUCACUGCUCUUUAAACCUACCAAUCCCAGUGACUCUCUACGUAGCCUUGAGUCUCUCGCUCAAGGUACUGCUGCAUCCGGACAGUGCUUUGCGGCAACAUCCUGCUCAGCCACCUCAUCAAAUCUGUACUCGUCUGUCUCGUCACACGCGCACCUUUGCCUCGACACACACACCCCCUGUUGAAUCCUCACCCUCUGAAAGGGCAGUCAAAGGAUUUUGUGUUGGUGUUUUGGCUCUGAGGAUGUGCACCGGCACCUGCUCUGUAUGGUGGUGUCGUUUGAGCACGGCUGUAGGAGGUUGUUCAAUCCAUGGACGUAUACUCCUUACACACACUUACACAUGUUGGCCUGUGGUUUGUGCUUGGAAUGGGCUGUCCAUAGAGACUACACAGAGUAAGAAGUAAAACUCAUGGAUCUGUAACCAGACUGAACAUGCUCUGUUUGGAGGUGCUGAAUAAAGGACAAAUAGGGACCACUGGCUGGAGACACACACACACAUACAGCAUAAGCAGCGUAACAGAAUAAGCAGUACCUUGAAAAACUCUCAAGCUCCUCACGAGGACAAAGGAGAUGAAUGAACAAACAGAACGCUGUUGAAAAGUGGGAUGCAGAGCUAGACACUGAGGAAUGAGGUUAAAGAAUGUACUGUAUGUGAGUGAUGAAUAUGCAGUAUACUGUAGAGGUCAUGGAAGCUCAGAGGCAUCAUUACCUAUCGUUAGGUCUGAGUUUUUCUCCUUUCCAGCCUUGGCAGUCUCCACGCUUUCAAUUUGUUAAAGAACCAGUUUUGGCAAGAAAUCAAAUGUGCCCGAUUUCCCACUGACCCUAAUUGUAGUUGUAAUCCCAGUCAAGUAUGGUCCCCAGGUCUAUGAGGCUAAUGUACCUAACAGGAAUUAGAAGCAUCAUAUGAUAUUGAGAAAUUCUAUGGUCAUGCUGCACUAUUUAUUAUUAAAUCUUAUUAUUGGAAAGUAUCGCAAAUUAAAGCUCAUAAUUGGAAUUGAAAAAACGAAAAGAAAAAUCGAAUAAGGUCUAUUUUAAUGCCUUGCCUUUGCCUACAUUAGCAAGUAACAAGAGGGACAGGCAACUAUUUAUUUUCUUUGUAUGUGUUUAAAAAAGAGAGAUUAAUUCAGCCAAAGCAACAGCAGUAGUGCUCGCUCUUCACCCACAAGUGACAAAAGUUACAAGUGACAUGAGUGAUUUAUCACUCACAGGUUCAAAUCCGUCUGAAAGUUUGUUAGGUCGCUCCAGGCACUUUGUGUUUCACACCUAACUUUGUAUAGAAUACUAGAGAGAAUGGGUAGAAGACUGGAUUGACUCUACAUUGCCUCAUUCAUGCACACUUGCGGAAUGUCAGCCAUGUUUUUGCCUCAAAUUGUGCAAAAGUCUUGAGCCACCAAUUUUUUUUUCAUAUUAAAUAAAAAUAAAUGAUGUAGAUUAAAUUGAGGAAACAAGAACAAAUGUUUUACUGUGACAGGCUGCAAAAGUGCACGUUGAUACAAUAAAAAAAAAGUGGUUGUUUAUGUACUGUAACAACCUCAGCAGCAACCUCGUUUCCCCUCUCGUCUGUUCCUACGGCACACGUCAGCAUCACCAGCCUGAUCAUGUCAUCAUUUCUCACUGGUUCACGCCUUAAGCUAGAUGUUUUUUUAAUGCUUAAAUGGUUCAUAGGCUUCCUCCGAAACUGCUCAGGAACAGGGACUGGACUGUAAAUGAAAGACGAAAAGCUAUUGCUCAAGGACUAUGUUCAAAAUACAAGGAAGUCUGACUCCUUGGAAGCACCAUAUGAAGUAAUGCCAGGGGCUCAAGACUUUUGCACAGUACUAUAGUUCUAGCUUGGAUUGAUUUUGAGCUAGAUCUGAUUUGGACGCUUAAUCCGAAUUCAU